UACAGGUAAGUAUGAGGAAGUCAAAACAUGUUCUCAGCAACAUUUUCAAAACUCACUUGAGUUAUUGUUCAUCCUUGCAGGCUGGUGUAACUCAGUUUGUUUUGUUUUUUCUCUUGGAGCUCAGGCUGUUCAAUGCAGGCCAUUAAGUGUGUGGUGGUGGGGGACGGGGCUGUAGGUAAAACAUGUUUGCUCAUCAGCUACACCACUAAUGCCUUCCCUGGAGAAUACAUCCCCACAGUCUUCGACAACUACUCUGCCAAUGUUAUGAUUGACGGGAAACCAGUGAAUCUGGGUCUGUGGGACACAGCAGGACAAGAGGACUACGACAGACUAAGACCCCUGUCCUACCCACAGACAGAUGUGUUCCUGAUUUGCUUCUCGAUUGUCAGUCCAACUUCAUUUGCAAAUGUUAAAACCAAGUGGAACGAAGAAUUGAAACAUCACUGUAAAGAUGUGCCGAGACUCCUCGUGGGCACCAAGCUGGACCUGAGAGAUGAUGCGGAGGUUUUGAAAAAGCUCAAGGAAGAUAAUCUCUGUCCUGUCACCUAUCCUCAGGGCUUGGCCAUGGCUAAAGAUAUAGGUGCAGUGAAAUACCUGGAGUGCUCAGCUCUGACGCAGCGCGGCCUCAAGACGGUGUUUGACGAAGCCAUCAGAGAGGCCCUGUUCCCCAAACCCGUAAAUAAKAAGAAAAAAAAGAAGUGCACCAUAAUGUAACGAAGAAAAGGCUGGACGCAGCCAGAACUAACACACAACUACUCACCUCUACUGAUCAACUCACAAUUCAUUUUCUGAAAUGUAGGGAAAAUUAACAGGCUUUCCAACUGUUUAAGGUURAUAGUCAAAAAGCACUUGUACAACAAAGAAAUAAUCAACCAAACAAAUUMAUUUACUUUUUGUGUGAACUUUAAGCAAAGAUAUGCAAAUGUUUACAAUGAAUUCUUGCACAGACGGUGCUCAUAUUUUAAGUUUUCUACAUUGUGCUAAAUUUGAGCCUGUGUGGUAACAUAUGAAGGAUUUAAUGUUUUAUGUGCAYCAUAAAGUUAAUCAAAAACUGCUUUAUUUUAAUUUGAAAUGAUCAAAUAUUGACU